CAUGUGUUUAAAAACAAUUCCUCCCUGCUUUUUUUUAAACAACAAAACUGUCUGUGACCUGGUGAAUGAGGGCCAGGGUGCAGUGAGGUGCCGGUUCAAGUGGAGCUAUAAGAAGAAUAGCCACUUGAUUUCACCACCACCACUGCCACUUUUAGAGAAGGAAGAGGUACAUUUGUCCUUUUUCAUCCUCAAAUUUGAUGGGUUUUUUUUCCAUGCUUUCAGUGAUUAUUAAGGCAUGGGUACAUCCUCUGAAGGUACAUUCUGAAUCAAGGCCCUUUUGUAAGGAAACACCAACUUUGGUUUCAUUUUGUUAGCUUAGUUUCAAAGAUAGUUUCACUUUUGUUUUUUGGUUUCCUAGAUCUUCCUGAUUUCUGUAGGCUUUGCCGCAAGCACUUUCCAGUGUGUCUUUCCAGUCUUGUCUUCUGCAGCAAUAUAAGGAGGGGAGGGGCUGGUGCUUUGAGCUCCAGGGAGUGAGAGAGGAUCUGACACGAGAUUUCAGUCUUGUAUCGGGAUGUGAAGUGACACCUCUUCUGAAGACAAUCAGGAAGCCCUUACUAAAACUAAAGCAAGAAUAAAUAGUGAUACAUCCUCCCCCUUAGCCUCCCCUUUCCCAUCUUGGGCUGGUUGCCAUUUCAGGGACAAGGAGAUGCAUUAAAUAGAGCAGUGCUGUUAGGGCAGUGAAUGAGGUCCUGCCAACUUCACUGGUAGCCAUGUGGUAGGUGGUUGCUUCUGCAGCCUCCCUGCAAGAGGAUCAGGUUGGCAGCACCUGCUGCUCUAACCUCAGUACUUGGAACAUCUUCUGAAGCGGUUUUGUCAGCACCUGUCCCACUCCUAUUCUGCUGAGGCUCUCCUGUCUUCGGUCUCCUUGGGCUCCUUCUUUAAUAGAAGAGUAAGCUUGAUGGAAGAAUCCCAUUUUUCUCUAGCAGUACUUUCAAACAGAGAUACACUCUGCUUGGGACAUGCAGACUACGCUGGCACACAUCAUAGCCAACAGCAGCAAAAAAAAUGGCACGAGGUUUGUGACACUGUCGGCCACAAGUGCCAAGACAAAUGAUGUUCGAGAUGUCAUCAGCCAAGCCCAGAAUGAAAAAAGACUCUUCAAGAGAAAAACUAUCCUCUUUAUUGAUGAGAUCCAUCGUUUCAAUAAAUCUCAGCAGGACACUUUCCUUCCUCACGUCGAGUGUGGGACGGUGACCCUGAUAGGAGCGACCACAGAAAACCCUUCCUUCCAAGUCAACGCCGCUCUUCUGAGCCGAUGCCGGGUGAUCGUCCUGGAGAAGCUCUCGGUUGAAGCGAUGGAGGCGAUUCUGAUGCGGGCUGUCAAAUCUUUAGGGGUCCAGGUUUUGGGCCAGGGUGACCAGCACGACAGCUCUGCGACUGGCAGCAGCAGCGAGUGCUCGGAAUUCCCAGUGUACAUAGAGGAGAAAGCUCUGAAUACCCUAGCCUACCUUUGCGACGGUGAUGCAAGGACUGGACUGAAUGGGCUCCAGUUAGCAGUUCAGGCCAGAUUAACAGUGGGAAAGACCACUCCUUUGAAUAUUACCAAAGGUGGUUCUGCAGAUGGCAUUCUGAUAACAGAAGAGCAUGUAAAGGAAGGGCUACAGCGAUCUCACAUCCUGUAUGACCGAGCAGGAGAAGAACACUACAAUUGCAUCUCUGCCCUGCAUAAGUCCAUGAGAGGCUCAGAUGAAAACGCUUCCCUUUACUGGCUUGCUCGAAUGCUUGAAGGUGGUGAGGAUCCGCUCUAUGUGGCAAGGAGGCUGGUGAGGUUUGCAAGUGAAGAUAUAGGGCUGGCAGAUCCUCUGGCUUUAACACAAGCAGUUGCUGCUUAUCAAGGCUGUCACUUUAUUGGAAUGCCAGAAUGUGAGGUCAUUCUAGCACAAUGUGUAGUGUACUUUGCCAGAGCACCAAAGUCUAUAGAGGUAUACAGGGCGUAUAGCAAUGUCAAAGAAUGUCUGAGAAUGCACACGGGACCUCUGCCGCCUGUUCCGCUGCACCUGAGAAAUGCCCCAACAAGGCUCAUGAAGAACUUGGGCUAUGGUGAAGGCUAUAAAUAUAACCCCAUGUACAAGGAACCUGUAGAGCAGGACUAUCUACCACAAGAGCUGAAAGGAACAGACUUCUUCAAAGAACAAAAAACGUGACCGCCUUGCUCGGAAUGGGUUUUGAUUUUAUGACUCGUACAUUUGUACUGGGAUGGAAAUUCCCCUUACAGUUUCAGCCAUCUGUUACUGUGGUUAAAAGUAUUAAGCCACUGAGCCUUUCAGAUACUUUCUUACCCUUCUGGUUUUACUGCUGUUAUUCUGAAGGUGUUUUAUAAAGAAUUGCAGUUAGGCAGUGUAUAAAUGCAAAACUAAGCUUUAUUGGUAUAGUGCUGUCACCCUCUGGUUCAAAUAAUAUGGACAAAAAAUGAGACACUUGUAUUUCUGGCUGUUGCUGUAAGACAAAGAAUAUUAUUGUGCUGCUUUUAAAAUCAGUAGCUAUUUCAGAUUUUGAGAAUACUAUUUUUCCAGAAAAUAAAUUGCACCCCCUCUGCUAAAAUACGGUAAACAAAAUAUAGUUACAGUGUAAUUCUUGCUCUUAUGAUGUUCCGGAGACUAAUUUUGUACAACAUUUAUUAAACCAAUAAAGUUGUUAAAAAUGGCGUCUAU